AUGGCACCCAUCGCAGCGGCAACCCUCAAGGCCUCCGAGUUUGACCACAUGGAGUUGGAUCCAAACAAGGAGAGCGAAGGAUCUGGAUCUGGCGAUGAAGUUGACUGGACCGAAGCCGAGGAGACCGGGAUCAGAAGAAAAAUCGAUCGUCGUAUCGUCCCUCUCGUCACGAUAUUAUACCUCUUUUGCUUCCUUGACAGAGCAAACAUCGGCAAUGCGCGAAUUCAGGGAAUGGCCAAAGACCUAAACCUCGUGGGAUACAGAUUCAACUGGGCCUUGAGUGUCUUCUACAUUGUCUACCUUCUGGUCGAAGUGCCCAGUAACAUUCUACUCAAGUUCAUUGGGCCUCGGUUUUAUAUUCCGAUGCUUGUCGUCGGAUUUGGAUUCGUCUCGAUGUGCACCGCUUUUGUCCAGAACUUUGCAGAGCUCUGUGCUUGCAGAGCAAUUUUGGGUGUCUUCGAGGGCGGCACAAUGCCUGGUAUCGCUUUCUACCUCUCAACCUUCUACAAGAGACGAGAGCUUUAUUUCAGAAUUGGUAUUUUCAUCUCUGCCGCCUCCAUUGCGGGUGCUUUUGGUGGUUUGUUCGCAACAGCACUAUCCUGGAGAAACAUCUUUUUCUUUGAGGGUGUGCUCACCAUGAUCGUCGCCUUUUUGGCACCCAUCUUGAUGCCAUCAAACCCAGAAACGUGCUUCUUCCUUAGCGAGCGAGAACGAUUUAUCGCCCAUGAGCGGUUGAUUCGCGAGCACCGGGCUGACCCACAUGAGAAUGUCAAGUGGAAGCAUAUCAAAGCUGCCGUAUUCAACGUCAACAACAACCUCGCUGCACUUGGUUUCUUCUUGAUCAACAUUACUGUGCAAGGACUUUCCAUCUUCAUGCCAACCAUCCUGGCCGAUCUUGGCUGGACUGCGACAAAGGCUCAGCUCUAUUCAGUUCCACCCUACGUGGCUGCCUGUGUCAUCGCCAUCCUUAUUGCCUAUACGAGUGACAAGACUCGGAGACGUGGUAUCUACCUUGCGGUUGCGACUUUCUUCCCAAUUGCUGGAUUUUCUAUCCUCAGGUGGAAUACAAAUGCGAAUGCUCGAUAUGCUGCCGUGUUCUUGAUCACCACUGGUGCCUUCCCAGGAGGUCCAGGGUUCAUGUCUUGGGGUAUCAAUAACUCUGCCGGCCCCGCAGUCAGAGCUGUGGCCACCGCAUAUAUUGUGUCGGUUGGCACACUAGGUGGCGUUCUUGCUACAUGGACAUACCUUGUUCGUGAUGCGCCGCGCUACCCAAUCGGUCAUUCCAUCAACCUUGGAGCACAGAUUAUUGUGCUAUGUGUGUCAUCAUUCGGUAUUUUCUACAAUAUGCGAGAGAAUCGGGUCCGAGCGGCCGGAAAGCGAGACCAUCGCCUGGAGGGACUCAACGAGCAACAGAAGCGGGAUCUUGGCCACCAUCACCCGGCCUUCAGAUAUAUUCCUUAA